AUGUACACCUUGAUGGGAGGCGGGCUAUUGUGUGCGGUCUCAGGCCUGGUCCUUCUCAUCGUUGCCACGGCGACCGACUUCUGGAUGCAGUAUCGCUACUCGGAGAACUUGAGCAACCAGGGGCUCUGGAGGUUCUGCGUGAGCGGCAAGUGCCACCCCCACACCGUCAGCAUUGCCUUCUGGGACGCCACCCGGGCAUUCAUGCUGCUCUCCAUCCUCUCCUGCUUCGCGGGCAUCAUCCUGGGCCUCACCGCCUUCUCCAGCAACUCCAGGGCAUCCCGGACUCGCUCCGCUGGCAUCACCCUGCUGAUCGCUGGUCUCCUGGCAUUGCUGGGGCUGUUGGUGUACACUGGAGUGACGGUGAAUUUCUUCGGUAAGCGCUACGCUAACUGGCGCUUCUCCUGGUCCUACAUCCUGGGCUGGAUCGCUGUCAUCCUCACCCUCUCGGCAGGCAUUUUCCACAUCUGUGCUGUCUCCAAGAGGCCAUCCCCGGAGAGCUCCAAUGUGGCAAGCGGCUGAGCGGGCACCACACCUGCCUGGACGCACGGCCUGGUCCUGACAGCUCACCCCCUGCCCUUGCUCUGACGGAUCCCCGCCCUCCAGUGACGUGCACCUGGUCCUGGCCAAUUCCCGCCCUCCAGUGACACGCACCUGGUCCCGGCCAAUCCCCGCCCUCCAGUGACACGCACCUAGUCCUGGCCGAUUCCCGCCCUCCAGUGACACGCACCUGGUCCCGGCCAAUUCCCGCCCUCCAGUGACACGCACCUGGUCCCGGCCAAUCCCCGCCCUCCAGUGACAUGCACCUGGUUCCGGCCAAUUCCCGCCCUCCAGUCACGUGCACCUGGUUCCGGCCAAUUCCCGCCCUCCAGUCACGUGCACCUGGUCCCGGCCAAUCCCCGCCCUCCAGUGACACGCACCUAGUCCUGGCCCAUUCCCGCCCUCCAGUGACAUGCACCUGGUCCUGGCCAAUCCCCGCCCUCCAGUGACAUGCACCUGGUUCCGGCCAAUUCCCGCCCUCCAGUGACAUGCACCUGGUUCCGGCCAAUUCCCGCCCUCCAGUCACGUGCACCUGGUUCCGGCCAAUUCCCGCCCUCCAGUCACGUGCACCUGGUCCCGGCCAAUCCCCGCCCUCCAAUGACAUGUACCUGGUCCCGGUCAAUCCCCGCCCUCCAAUGACAUGCACCUGGUCCCGACCAAUUCCCGCCCUCCAGUGCCAACUACCAGGCCCCGGCCAUUCCCCAAUUUCCAGUGACACCCGCCUGGCUCUGAGCCAAUUCCCACCCUCCAGUGACAUGCACCUGGUCCCGGCCAAUUCCCGCCCUCCAGUGCCACCCGCCUGGCUCUGGGCCAAUCCCCAACCUCCAGUGACACCCACCUGGCUCUGGGCCAAUCCCCACCCUCCAGUGCCACCUGCCAGGCCCUGGCCAAUCCCUGCCCUCCAGUGAUACCCACCUGGCUCUGGGCCAAUCCCCACCCUCCAGUGACACCCACCAGGCCCCAGCAAAUCCCUGCCUCCAAUGCCCCCGCUAGGCCCCAGGCCAAUCCCCGCCCUCCAGUGACACCCACCAGGCCCCAGGCCAAUCCCCGCCCUCCAGCGCCACCCAACAUGGCGUCCUCUGCCCUGUCCCAGCCCCCUCCCCUUGGCCAG